ACUCUUCUUUUCUUUUCUUCCUUACAUCUCUCUCUCUGUAAAAACUGUAAAACUUCUCUCUCUCAUAUAUCUCUCUCUCUCUAAAAUCUGAAAACGCAGAGAAAUUCCCACUUUCCCUCUCACACUACAGAAACACAAACACAAACACGCACUCUCUCUCUCUCACUUCAGUGUUCACUCUAGUCCAAACUCUCACAUUUUCUUUCAGUCUUUCUUUCUCUGAUCAAAAUUUGCAAUCUUUAAUCUGAACCCACUUCCAUAUUCCAAACCAAGAAACCAAAAACACUAAAAAGAAAACAUUUUUUUUUGGGGUCUUUCUCUGCUUUCUUUCAAAACUUGAAAUCGAACUACAGUUUGGGAAAUGAGGGAUGUUGUCGUGGUUGGCAAGGAUGGCUUGGGCGUGUUGGAAACCAGUAAGGAGAUAUGCCCGUAUGAGCAAGGAUAAUAAUAGCAGCAACAGAACUAGCAAUGAUGACGAUGAUUUCGAUUCUUCACUCGCUGACUCGCUUAUUUGGUGCCGUGACCUUCACAAACACUCUUUAGGUGAAUACUCUUUCGCUAUUGUUCAAGCCAAUGAGGUUAUUGAAGAUCAGAGCCAAGUUGAGACCGCUCCUAAUGCCACCUUUGUUGGCGUUUAUGAUGGCCAUGGUGGCCCUGAUGCCUCUCGUUAUAUCUGUGACCAUCUCUUUCUUCAUCUAGUUAGGCAUGCUAGAGAAAAUGGAACCAUAUCUGAAGAUGAACUUAGGAGUGCUUUUUCAGCAACUGAGGAGGGGUUUCUUACUCUUGUUCGUAGGUCCUGGGGAAUAAAACCACUGAUUGCAGCAAUUGGGUCUUGUUGCCUGGUUGGGGUCAUCUGGAGGGGAACAUUAUAUGUUGCCAAUUUGGGUGAUUCUCGAGCUGUUAUUGGUUCUGUAGGUAGAAAUAAUGAGAUAAUUGCUGAGCAGUUGACUAGAGAUCACAAUGCAAGUAUGGAGGAGGUUAGACAAGAACUCAAGUCCAGGCAUCCUGAUGAUUCACAUAUUGUAGUCAUGAAGCAUGGAGUUUGGCGUAUCAAAGGCAUCAUUCAGGUAUCUAGAUCUAUAGGUGAUGCAUACUUGAAAAGGCCAGAGUUUUGUCUUGAUCCUUCAUUUCCAAAAUUCCACCUUCCUGAACCCAUCCGUCGACCUGUGCUGACAGCAGAACCAUCUAUAUGUGCUAGAGUUUUACAACCCAAUGAUAAAUUUAUCAUAUUUGCAUCUGACGGGCUUUGGGAACACAUGACAAAUCAGGAAGCUGCUGAGAUUGUGCAUAAUAACCCAAGACAAGGAAUUGCAAGAAGACUUCUCAAAUCAGCUUUAAAUGUAGCAGCUAGGAAAAGGGAGAUGAGAUAUGAUGACCUUAAGAAGGUUGAAAAGGGGAUCAGGCGGUUCUUUCAUGAUGAUAUUACAGUUGUCGUUAUCUUUAUAGACCAUGAGUUGCUGAGUAAAACGCAAUCUGUACCAGAGAUUUCGGUAAGAGGGUUCAUGGAUACAGUUGGACCAUCAAAUUUCAGUCUUCUUCAAGGAAUGACAUGAAUGUCAGGUCCUUUAUCUUAAAUAAGUACCCGAUAACUGGAAUGGCUUGGGCUGGUAUAAGAAGACAGGUUCAGAUCAUUUUAACAUUUUUUGCUACAUCUCAUUGUUGAUUCUUUCAGCCUUCAUUUUCUCCUUUCCAAGUUUUUUACGGCAAAGUUUGAAACUGAUUAAUCCUUACAAGGAAAGCUUUUUUGGGGUUCUAUGUUGGGAGUCUGUAUACACUCAAACGUUGUGCAAUUGUACAAUUUGUUUGAAUAAAUUUUUCCUUCUUGAACAUAUCUUAAUUAAGUUUUGUAGAUGUUGUUGGGCUACCCUUUUAUAUUUUUCAGCAUAAUAGUAGAUCAGUGUGUCAUGAUUCUGGGUGAACCAAGGAUGUAUCUGUGAAAUUGAUAAUAGGCAAGUUACAUUUUGUAAUC